CUGCUUUCUGUCAAAGAGCCCUGGGAGAUAUUGUCAAACAACUAACACGGAUUUAACUGAGUUAGGUAUCCCAGGUUUUCAUUUGCCUUGACUUCACAAUUGGGGAGACGUACAAGCGGCGGCAGUCCCAAAGGAGAAAGAAAAAUGCAAGAACCUAAAAGACAAAGGAGCAAAUCAGAUUUUAAAAUAAAACGGGGAAAAGUGUAUCCUGAGGUUAAGAAAAACGGGAAUGGGUGAAAAGGCUGAAAUAAACGGGAAAUCGAUAUAGACGGUUUCGCAAAAUAGGCGUCAGUUUCACAGUGUGCGUACGAGUGUGUGUGACUCUGUGCGUGUUUGUUUUUAGCGGAAGCGGUGCGAAGCCGACAGUGUAUGUGCUCAGAUCUGUCGAGAUUAAGAGCGUAAGCGUCUCUCUGCGGAGCUUCGACUUCUGAAUGAGUGUGUGCGUGUGAUCGCGUGGCCCCCGAACCCAAACAGCGGUAACCUGCUCAGAUCAAAACAUACCCAGAGCAGCGACAAAUCGCAGAGGUAGCUUCCAGAAAGGCAUCUGCGCAGAUUUAUGCUGGGUUUCUUAGUACUGUAAUCAACUCGUCCGCAUUUCAGAAGAACAAAGUCAUCAAGUUCGCGCAUGAUAGAAAUUCUCUUAAACCAUGGCUUGCCCGGAAACGUAUCCUUUUUCAACAGAAGCCCCGAAUUGUGAUUUGAAGAAAGGCACGUCGAUUUUCCUGGACAUCUUACGAAGAGCUGACAAGAAUGAUGAUGGCAAGCUGUCCUUUGAUGAAUUCAAGGCUUACUUUACUGAUGGGAUCCUGACCACAGAGGAGAUGCAUGAAUUGUUUCAUACCAUUGAUAGCAGUCACACCGACAACCUCAACAUUGAAAAAAUAUGUGAGUUCUUUUCUCAACAUUUAGGAGAGUAUGAAAACGUCUUGGCAGCUCUGGAGGAUUUGAAUAUUUCUAUAUUAAAAGCAAUGGACAAAACUAAGAAAGAAUACCAGAAUUCGAGUAAUUUGGAACAGUUUGUGACUCGUCUUCUGUUGAAAGAAACCAUAAAUCAGUUUCAGUCUUUGCAGAAUUCCUUGGAAUGUGCCAUGGAAACAACAGAGGAACAAACUCGCCAGGAAAGACAAGGUCCCGUGAAACCAGAGGUACUUUCAAUUAACUGGUCAGGGAAACGCUCCAUUCGAAAGCUUAAGAGAAAUAAUAGCCUGUCUCCAAGUAAUACCAAUUUCAGCAUCUUAAACUCAGAUGAGGAUACAAAGUGGGUAACCCAGAUAAAUAGGCUUCAAAAGCUAAUUGACCGCCUGGAAAAGAAGGACUUAAAGCUCGAACCACGGGAGGAAGAAGUAUUGGAGGGAAAUGCCAAGUCUCACAUUUUUAUUGUGCAGCGACAGAUGUCUGUACUGGAAGAAGAGCUGGAGGAAUUCCGUUUAGCUUUGAGACAGUAUGUGGUAUCUGCAACCACACAAACGGGAUGCUUGCAUAUUUCUGUGCAGAAGCUAUCAAAUGAAUCCCGUUUUAUAAUUUAUGAAUUCUGGGAAAGCACCAGUCUCUGGAAAAUGCACAUCCAGACCAACUACAGCAAGACCUUCCAGAGGAGUAAUGUGGAUUUCUUGGAUACUCCGGAGCUAAUAACAACAAUGCUUGUACCUGCUUCAUGGUGGAUUCUAAAUAACAACUGAAACUGGCUUCUGCUGUUGGAGAAAGUUUAUGUUGUAUGACAGACAGAAGAUGGACAUACUUUAUUCAUGUAUUCAUGUUUUCAUGUAAACCAUUUAUAAAACAACUCAAUGUACUACAGUGUUAAGAUUAGUAAAAUCCAAACAUAUGAAAAAUGUUACAAAUCACUUACAUAAUAAAUAAUGAAUAACUGCAAAUAAUAUGCCAUAGUUGAUGAACGGUCAACUUUCAAGCAAGUGUGUAAUUCGUAGACAGCUCAAAUGUAUUAGUGCUAUAUACCCUGUAAAACAGUGACUUAUUUUCUGUAGUGCACUAUUUCAAUUAUCUAAGGCAUUGUGUUAACAAAAUCCAUGAUAAAACGUUUAAAGAAAUUUAAAAAUGGGAAAUAUGUUCCUUGUCAUUCAGUCUUGAGGGUAGAUCUGUACUUGAUUCCCUUUUACAUUACACAAUUUCUCUGAGUUUGAUGAAGCUUCGCAGCAAAGAUUUAGUAAUGUUAAUGUAAUUUCACCUUUCUUAACUUUGGUUGUUCUUUGACAUCAGCUCCAGUUUAUCUUCAGGAUCCAUUCAACAGUGUCAUUAAGCAAGCUGAGUAGCCAAUGACAUUGAAGAUUCCCUACAGAGAGCAAUUUGUAUUUGGUUUGUACAUUUUAUAGACUAUGAAAAUGGAGCAUACAUAAGAUUAAGGCAAAAGUGAAAUGUCAUGAAAAAUUAAACUAAUAUAUAGAUAUUGAAUUAUGAAACAGUCCUCUGAUGGAAUGACUUUUUAAACACUUAAUGGGACUGGAGAGAUUGUUAAGCAAUAAUUAUAGAAUAGCAUACUAUUAUAUACUCAAUUUAAAAUGUGUAAUUCAGGAUUGUUUUAGUUGAGAAUAAUUCAUAAAUAACUUUGCUCUUAGCAGUUUACUAAUUUCUGAAGACUAUGGAGAAGGAUCUAAAAUAUAAUCCCUGAAGAAUAGUGAAUCACUAAGAAUGUUCAUUCCCAACAUUACUGCCAUAUUAACCAUUACAUAUAUAAGUGCUGAUAAUGUCAGCGUUAUUUGCAUUGCAAACUCCUGGCUAAGGUCCUUUCUAAGUACAAAAGCUCAGCGGUGUAUUAUUGUAAAUACUGAAUAGAUAUAACUUAGGCUGACAUGGUGCAUCUUUAUUCCAAGCCAUAUAAGCUAAAAUUGUUAACCUACUUGUCCUGAUAUUAUAUAAUGUAAUUUCUGUAAAAACUUUUCUAGCAACUCUGAAGAAAUGGAUUAAAAGGGGGAAAAAAUCCCUUUUUAAUCAGUGAGAAUAUGAAUGGAAGUUGUUUGAGUUAUUUAAUUUUGCUGAGCGUGAUGGUCAUUUUACUGUUAUCCCAAUUUAAAAUGACUUCUGCUGUGAAUUCUGUGGAAUGAAUGAUAAAUCAUACUGUUGCCAUUUUAACUUUGUCAAGCAAAAAUUACUGUAGUUGCUGAUUAAUGCCUAUUCAUUGCAAACACAUUAAAUCUUGUGUUCUAAA